GAACACACAGUGUUAGAGGCCCUAUGGAAGAGAAGAAGGAAAAGCGAAGCUGGCAUGGACUCCACAGGGCAGCGUUCCUGACAGCUGUGCUGCUGCUGCUGCUGCUGCAAGUCAAGAGGGUGAAGACUCUGAAAGGCGGCACAAGCCUGGAUGAUGGCGGGAGUCAGAAAGAGAAAGUGCUCUCUGUAGACCAGGGCCAAGAGCAGUUUGAAGAACACUUUAUGGCUUCAUCAGUCGGGGAGCUGCUGCAGGUGAUAGAUAUGGCCCAGCAAGAAGAAGAUGCAAUCGCCCAGGCAGCAACUCUCUGGGACCACCUCUUUGAUCUAGCCUUCUGCUUCAACCUGGCCAGCAUGGUGUUUUUUUUAUGAGAGACUUUGAGGUGGAGGCAGUCGUCUGGGUCCUGCACGAGGAUGUGGACGUCUACCUCCCCUUCACGAUCGCCUACUGACCUCCUCUGCCCAGAUGCCUCCUCAGAAGGCAUACCUCAUCCCUCUUGACUGAGAAGCACCUGGCCUUAGGGUGCAGCUGCAGACCUUUCCCAACUCUCGUUGGGCACCAGGUGAUUGCCACCCCAACCCAGAAUUUCAUGUCCCAGGGCCAAAGACACCAGACCCACACCCUUCUAACGCUUAAGAUUCCACUGAAACAGCAAGAUUAGAGGGAGGAGACAGUGACAAUAAAAUAGCACUAGCAAUAAAACCCUGAAAACGGUU